CUCCCCUGGUUUAUUAUCUACGUGACCUUGACUCUUGGUAUUGUAUUUCUUCUUGUCGGCCUACAGAGCUCCCCCUCAUCUCUCUUGAACUUCGCCCCGACGAAAACUAGCAAAUUGGGAAUUAUGCUUGAAUCAGAGAAAGAACUAUGUUCCAGACCACAGAUCUAGAUUAUUGCGUUAUUUUACACAAUGGAGGAUGAUCUGGUAGAUCUGCUAGAGAAUUGGGAACUAACUCCUGCAAGCAAUUCCAUUUCUCUUGCUAUUGUGGGGAAAACAGGUAAUGGCAAGAGUGCAACAGGAAACAGUAUUCUUGGAAGAGAAGCCUUCAUUUCUGAUCUUAGUCCAUGUGGGGUAACAUGUACUUCUGAACUGAAAAGCGCUAUUUUUAAGGACGGACGUGCUGUAAAUGUUAUCGACACUCCUGGAUUAUUUGAUUUUUCAACUGGCUCUGAGUUCAUUGGUAGAGAGAUAGUAAGAUGUAUAGAUCUGGCCAAAGAUGGUCUCCAUGCUGUACUUAUGGUGUUCUCUAUCAGUUCCCGCUUUACAAGAGAAGAAGAGGCUGCUAUACAGAGUUUGAAAACCCUCUUUGGUGAUAAGAUUGUUGACUACAUGAUUGUAGUUUUUACUGGUGGAGAUACCCUUGAAGCUAGCCGAAAAACUUUGAAGGAUUACAUUAGCAGGUGUCCAGAGCCAUUGAAGAACAUUAUAAACUUGUGUAAAAACAGAGUUGUCGUUUUUGAUAAUAACACCAAGGACAAGAUUAAGAGAGAGGGGCAACUAAAACAGUUGAUCUCUCUUGUAGACUCCAUUGCCGCAAGCAAUGGGGGAAAACCAUUCUCCAGUAAAAUAUUUUCUCAAGUCAAGGAAGGAGCCUUGCGUCGGCAGCAAAUGGAGGAAGCGAUUGAAGCUAAUAAGGAGUACUCCGCGAAGGAAUUAUCUCAACUGAAGGAAGAGAUCUAUAAAUCAUAUGAUGAUCAGAUCAAACGCAUAACUGAAAUGGUAGAGGAGAAAUUGCACUUCACAAUAGAAAGGCUUGAGAAGCAAUUAGCCGAAGAGCAAACCGCGCGGCUGAAAGCAGAAAAGAUUGCAGAAGCAUCAAGGUUGAAGUCAGAUGAGGAGAUCAAGAAGCUCAAAGCUGAGCUACAGAGGGCUCUGGAAGAGUCUCAGGAGUUUCGCAAACAGGCCGAAAACAGGUGUGCCAUCCUAUGAAUGUCAAUAUUUUAACGUUGAAAUUCUUUAGUACAGUGUCUAUAUAUGUUACUAUGUUUGGUAACUUCACUCCUUAACUCUUAUUAUAUACAGCAUUUUCCAGAUACUGAUUUUAUUUGCAAAAUGAAUUAUAUAAUAUGCUUUUGGGAACUUUUUUAUUGCA